AUGACGACCCGAUUCUUUGCCUCCUGGGAUUAUAUCAGCAUCCCAGAGAAGUGUGGUGCCGGUGCGGUCUUUUUGGGGGAAGAAUCUAAAGGAGCACAUUUUGACCGCUUGGACAGCCAUUCAAAAGCAAAAAUGAGACCGAUGCGUAUUUUCGUGAACGACGACCGCCACGUGAUGGCCAAACACUCGGCCGUUUACCCGACGCAGGAGGAGCUGGAGGCCGUUCAGAACAUGGUCUCCCACACGGAGCGAGCGCUCAAAGCCGUGUCCGACUGGAUCGACGAGCAAGAAAAAGUCAGUGGGGAGCAGCCAGAGACAGAGUCCAUGGAGACGGCAGCCGAAGAGGAAAUGGCUGAAGGAGGGGAUCAGAAGGCGGCGGAGCAGUUGACUCGGACCCUGCGGGGAGUGAUGCGCGUGGGGCUGGUGGCCAAAGGCCUCUUGCUGAAGGGGGACUUGGAUCUCGAGCUGGUUCUGUUGUGCAAAGACAAACCCACCACGGAGCUCCUGGAGAAAGUAGCCGACAAUCUGGGAGUACAGCUUGCUGCUAUUACUGAGGACAAAUACGAAAUAAUCCAGUCGGUUGGUGAUGCCGCAAUUGUAAUUAAGAACACAAAAGAGCCGCCGUUGACGCUGACCAUCCACUUGACGUCGCCCGUAGUCAGAGAAGAAAUGGAAAAGCAGUUAGCUGGAGAAACGCUAUCAGUCAACGACUCCCCGGACGUUCUGGACAGGCAGAAAUGCCUUGCUGCCUUGGCGUCACUGCGACACGCCAAGUGGUUCCAGGCCAGGGCUAACGGGCUGAAGUCGUGCGUCAUAGUGAUCCGAGUGCUGCGAGACCUCUGUACUCGGGUUCCGACUUGGGCACCGCUGAGAGGAUGGCCUCUAGAGCUGCUGUGCGAGAAAUCUAUCGGCACUGCUAACAGACCCAUGGGCGCUGGCGAGGCUCUGAGGAGAGUUCUUGAAUGCCUUGCCUCGGGAAUCGUUAUGCCAGAUGGUUCUGGUAUUUAUGAUCCUUGUGAAAAAGAAGCCACUGAUGCUAUUGGGCAUCUAGACAGACAACAAAGGGAAGAUAUCACACAGAGUGCUCAGCACGCUCUGAGACUUGCUGCUUUUGGCCAGCUCCACAAAGUCUUGGGGAUGGAUCCCCUCCCUUCCAAAAUGCCCAAGAAACCAAAGAACGAAAACCCCGUUGACUAUACUGUCCAGAUUCCUCCCAGUACCACCUACGCCGUCACCCCAAUGAAGCGUCCCAUGGAGGAGGACGGAGAGGAGAAAUCUCCCAGCAAAAAGAAAAAGAAGAUUCAGAAAAAAGAGGAAAAACUCGAACCUCCCCAGGCCAUGAACGCGCUGAUGAAACUAAACCAGCUAAAACCCGGCCUCCAGUACAAACUCGUCUCUCAGACCGGUCCUGUUCACGCUCCCAUCUUUACCAUGUCGGUGGAAAUCGAUGGCAGCACGUUUGAGGCGUCGGGACCUUCCAAAAAGACGGCCAAAUUACACGUGGCGGUGAAGGUGCUGCAAGAUAUGGGUUUACCCACGGGAGUGGAAGGCAAAGAGUCUGGGAAAGGAGACGAAUCGGCGGAGGAAACGGAGCAGAAACCAGUCGUCGUCGCUCCUCCUCCUGUAGUAGAAACCGUCUCGACGCCCGCUGCUGCGUCUCCUCCUUCCGAUCAAACCCCGGAGAACGUGAAACAGCAGGGACCAAUUCUGACGAAGCACGGCAAGAAUCCCGUGAUGGAGCUUAACGAGAAACGACGCGGCCUGAAAUACGAACUGAUUUCGGAAACGGGCGGCAGUCACGACAAGCGCUUCGUCAUGGAGGUGGAGGUUGACGGACAGAAAUUCCAAGGAGCCGGUUCGAAUAAAAAGGUGGCCAAAGCCUACGCUGCUCUGGCGGCGCUGGAGAAGCUCUUUCCGGAUGCUCCUGUCGCCAUCGAGCAAAACAAGAAGAAGAGAGCCCCCGUGCCAGCGAGGGGGGGCCCCAAAUUUGCAGUAAAACAGCACAACCCGGGGUUCGGCAUGGGGGGCCCCAUGCACAACGAGGUGCCCCCGCCGCCCAACAUGCGCGGCCGGGGAAGAGGCGGCAACAUGCGCGGCCGCGGCAGGGGCCGGGGCGGAUUCGGCGGCAACCACGGCGGCUACAUGAACGCAGGUGCCGGGUACGGAAGUUACGGUUACGGAGGCAAUUCCGCGACAGCGGGCUAUAGUAAGUGGAGGAUUUAUGCGAAACACGGCGGAAAGAAACAGCAGCACGGGGGACAGCAAAAACCCUCCUACGGGUCGGGCUACCAGUCCCACCAGGGCCAACAGCAGCAGUCCUACAACCAAAACCAGUACAGUAACUACGGGCCGCCGCAGGGCAAGCAGAAAGGCUACAACCACGGCCAGGGCAACUACUCCUCCUACUCCAACUCCUACAACUCGCCCGGCGGCGGAGGCUCCGACUACAACUACGAGAGCAAAUUCAGUGAGUCGGCCGUUGGGGAGUAA